AUGCUUCAUGACAUUUUGUGUGACAAAGCCAACGGUCCUGAUUACAUCUACAAGUUCUCCAUCACUAUUACUAACAAAUGGCCCUUGUUGUUUUUUACACGCAACCUUGAUCCCUUCACAGUUGUUUUAGCAGCACGUAUCUUUUCUCGUCUUUGUGUUACUCAAGGUCCUUCUUAUGUACAGAAAUUCCGUGUCUCUUCAGAAGGUUUUAUUGUCUUGAAGACGUUAUGGCCACACCAUUGGAAUUUAUCCCAGUUGCAAGAGACUGCCAUCUUGACAAUGAUGGGUAUAGAUAUUGCAGAUUAUCCUCUUUAUGAUAACUUCCAUAUCAAUCAUUUGCGUAAAUGUUUGAAUGACAACAAAGACCUUACCAAGGCUGCUGUUCCUGAUAUGGUGCCUAUUCUUGUUGCUAUGUGGGAUGAAGCACGUAAGGCUAUCGAGACACCCGUCAACAAGUUCACACAGACACCUACUCUCGUUCGUCCCUCGACCCGUGCACGAAGUAACAGUGUGAAUGUCAAGCCCUCCAAAGACAGGUCCAAAAGAGAAAUGACAGCUGCCACACGCAACCAAAUAUCACGAACUUUUGAUGAUUUUAUCCAACUGUUCAAUGAAAUGUACGAGCACAGGCCUUUGUUUAAAGAAGCCUGUAACAAGCAAGAUGUGGUUGAUUGUGUAAUUCAAAUCUUGUUCUCCUCUGUGUGUUAUACGCACCAUAUGACAGCCGAUGAUGAACUGAAUUCAAAAGAUGUAGUGUUGAACAACUUUGAUUUGGAUUAUUUGCACUCGCCUUCGUCUUCAGCCGCUGCAUCGCCUGUAGACACUUCACCUUUUAUUGAUCGUUUUGGCAGAGUACUGGAUGAUGAUGCAGUGUCGGUGGAUAGUCUGACGACGGCAAGCAGUAUUAUUAAGCGGGGCGGUACUUCGGCACUGAUGACAAAGACGUCGCCUCAUGUAUCAAAACGUAGCCAAGGUUUAAUCACUCGUUUAAGAUCUGCUUCAUGGAGCCAGUCGACAGGAUCGUCUUCACACAUUAAAUUACUGCAAAAUUCAAUGAUGGAUUCCUUAUUGAACUUUGUCAUUAAUAUCUGUAUUCGAUCUAUUAUUGAUCCUCAAAACAAAAAUCUGAAUAGUCUUGCGGCUGUCUUUGCGGGAUUUCCUCCAAGCACACAUGAUCAACAAUUACAGUUUGAAAGCUAUCUAUUAACCCAUAUUUCUCAAAGCUUAAAGAGCAGUUUCCAAUUGGAUAUGGAGCUUAUUUAUGAUCAACGUAUCUUGAUCAACAUGGGUAAAUUUGCACAAAUAGCAGCAGACGCAGUGAUACAAGGCCGAUUUAAAGAGGGUGGCGCAGAACAAACAUACGAUCUCUUGGCUACUUUGUUAGAGUUAUUGCACUCAGAUGAGGUAGUCAAUCGAUAUACGGCAAGUGACGCUUCUGUAAUUACAUUGUACCGUGCCUUUAAUCGCAUGAUCUUGGUCAAAAUUUCUGAUUUAGAGCAAGGUGACCAAGAUGCUUCAAAGACAGUUGCUUUUCUUGACUAUUGUAUCCAUCAUCAAAAGAUUAUUUUGAGCCCCAAGAAUGCAGACAUGGAGUUUUUGAGAUGCUUUUGUUACCAUUUGUAUAGAUAUUUAUUGGUCAAUGACGAAAGAAUCAGAGAUGCAGCUGCAAAUAUGUGGAAAUUAUUGAUUUUGCAAAAGCCUAAUAACGUAGAGACUAUUUUCAAUAUUCGAGUGAAAGGCAUUGAAUCUGAAGACUUGAUUGAUGGAUUUAGGCAGAUAUUAGAAAUGGAACUUGAAUCAUUUUAUAGAUGGCUUGAUUCCCGUAAGGUCGAGCUUAACAUUCUGUUUAAUGAGCAUAUCAGCAAAGCAUGGGAAGUAACGAUCGCUCAAGAACACAAAUACAGCAAAGAGACUUUCAAAAACUACAUUACCAGGCGUAUCAACAAGCUCAAGAGGAUACAAAAACGUGAUGCUUACGAGCAAGAAAUCAUUGCAGAAUACAAUAGCAAGACACUCUUGUGGUCACAAAGCAUUUAUGAUAUUGAGAUGAGCCGAUUUACAAAAGCGCUUCAAGAUUCGGAUGGACAUGAGAACUUUAUUCAGAGUGAAUGGGCACGUUUAUCUGCAGAUUUGCUACGUGAAAGAGCCAUAUGGGGUCCUGAAAAAGCAACUGAUCUGAAAUGGCGAUUGGAUUAUACAGAGGGUCCUAAUCGUAUGCGAAAACGAUUACAAUCUAUUCCACACACAGAAUAUGUUGCUUAUAGGCCCAAGCAGACACCUGCUCCCAGCACAAAACAAAAGCCGACUACAAGCACUGCGAACAAACGGCUUUCUAUUGCAAGAACAGACGAAGACAUUGACAAAGAACUCACACAAGAUCCUAUCGAAAAGGAACAAUCUUUGGAUAACGACUCUUCAUCUAAUGAAAGUAUUGGCCGAGAAAAUGAACAGGAAGAUGAUGCACAGAUUUCUUAUGAAGAAGACAAGAAUCGCAAAGUACUUCGUUUGCUAGAUCAAGGUGAUAUGGUGCUUGAUGUUUACAAUGUGAGCCAAAUUGCUGGACUUGAUGCCUGCGAAGGCUUACUCUUGCUCUGCAAGAACAAUAUCUAUUUAAUCGACAAUUUCUUUCAGCUUAGUGAUGGCGAAGUGGUUGAAAUUUGGGAUGUACCUAAAGAAGAACGAGAUCAGUACUUGCUUCUCGUAGCUCAAGCUGCAGGCAUGGAAACCGAACCCUUUGUGAGCCCUUCAGGUGACUUGCAUACUUGUAGAAAAUGGGCCACUGCUGAUUUACGUGAUGUGUUUAAGCGUCGAUUUUUGUUCAGAGAUGUCGCCUUGGAAAUGUUUUUCAAUGAUGGUCAAAAUGCCUUGAUCACGGUGUCUCUUUCAGAACGAGAUGAACUUUACUCAAAGCUUGUGAGUCGGGUGCCUGUACAUGAAGAAUCGGGAGGCACUAUUUUUGGACGCGAAAAAGAGGGCUACACAACUUCUGGCCUCAGCAAUACGUUUCGAUUAUCGAGUUUGUUUGGUACCUCUACCUUACAGGAUUUGACACAGCGCUGGGAACGCAGAGAAAUCAGUAAUUUCCAAUAUCUCAUGUACCUAAAUGCUAUUGCUGGACGAUCCUAUAAUGACCUAACUCAAUACCCAGUAUUUCCUUGGAUUUUGGCAGACUAUCGCAGUGAAGAGUUGGAUUUGGAAAACCCGCAAACGUUUAGAGACCUUACUCGACCUAUGGGUGCCCAAACAGCUGAAAGAAGAAAAGAAUUUUCGGAUCGUUAUCGACAAUGGGGAGAAACUGAUGAUCCUACGCCUGCAUUCCACUAUGGUACACAUUACUCAUCUGCUAUGAUUGUCUGUUCUUUCCUGAUCCGUCUUGAACCCUUCACUCAGCACUAUCUCAAAUUACAAGGUGGUACAUUUGAUCAUGCAGAUAGACUGUUUGAUUCUAUUGGCAAGGCUUGGGACUCUGCUUCAGAAAAGAACAUGGGCGAUGUAAGAGAACUGAUUCCGGAAUUCUUUUACUUGCCAGAGUUUUUGAACAAUGUGAACAAGUUUAAUUUUGGUGUGAAACAAGGCACUGGAGAAGCAAUCGAUUCUAUUGUUUUACCUCCUUGGGCGCAUGGUGAUCCCAAAAUUUUUAUUCAGCGCCAUCGUGAGGCACUUGAAAGUGAUUUUGUUAGCACUCAUUUACAUCAUUGGAUUGACCUGAUUUUUGGUUACAAACAACAAGGUCCACAGGCUAUUGAAGCGUUGAACGUCUUUCAUCAUGUGUCUUAUGAAGGCGCAGUUGAUUUGGACUCUAUUACUGAUAUUGUUGAAAAGACAGCUACAAUUGGUAUUAUCAACAAUUUUGGUCAAACACCUCGUCAAUUAUUUAGAAAACCUCAUCCUUCCCGAUCUCCUGCAGUAACAGACCUAAUGAGUUUGGGCUAUUAUCAGUUCCAGAAUCAUUUGGAUAAACUAAUGCAAUCUCUGUUGCCUUUGCGUGACGGAUUCAAAUACAUUGAAUGGGGCUUUAGCGACAACAGUUUGAGAGUAUAUUCAACAGAUACAGGAAAAGUAAGAACAGGGUAG